AUGGCGUUCUGCCUCCUGAUGACCCUGUCUGCGGUGGCUGUCACCCGCUUCCCCCCACAGCAUCCAGCUGGCAGCACAUCCCCUGAUCCCCUGGAGCUUCGGGAGGUGACUGGUGCUCCUGACCCCCAUGUCCGGCAGGCUUUGAGCUCGAGCCGGAGGCAGUGGGCAAGAAACCUGGGAUUCUGGAGAGGCCGGGCUUCACCCAGGAAUUCCAUCUCUGUCUGUGCUGAGGAGCAAGGCCACAGAGCGCGAGUGGACAGAAGCAGGUGGUCCCCAAGAGGGGAGAGUGGGCCUCCAGGGAGGGUCAGGAGGGACAUUGCUUUGGCAGGAGAUCCGAGACUCAGUACCCAGCAUCUUGUGCUCCUGAGGGAGAAAGAGGUCAGAGAUCCAGGAGGCAAAGACCUGGGCCGCCCCUGGCAUGGUGGUCCCAUCCAGGAGACGCAGAGCACCGUGGGCACCCUGGUCGGCCCUCUUGCAGGGAGUGACGUGGCAGCCUUAGUGGUCUCGAGAGCUGCUGCUGGGCUGCCCCUUGGACCCUAUCCGGCAGAAGGCAGGGGCCUGCCGGGAGGCGAGGACAGAGCGUUGACUGGUGGGCGACAAGCGGAGGACCCCACCCUGGCCUCAGGGACUCGUCAGUGGCCUGGCUCUGUGGGGGAGCUGCAAGGGUCUGUAUGGUGUGACGCUGAGACCCCUGGACUGUUGACCAGCUCGAGGACUGGCAGGCAGGUUCCCCCAUGGCUCACGGACCUCGACGUGCAGACCCUCCGGCUGUUGGCCCAGGGGAAGGUGGUGGGCAAAGCCAGGGUCCCCGCCCACGGGCAGGUGCUGCAGGUCGGCUUCUCCGCCGAGGGUGCCCAUCAGGACCUGACUCCUCCCAGGCUCAGCCGCCUUUGCUCCCAGGGCCUCUGUGGCCUGAUCAAGAGGCCUGGGGACCUGCCCGAGGUCCUGUCCUUUCACGUGGACCGCGUGCUGGGGCUGCGCCGGAGCCUGCCUGCUGUGGCCCGGCGCUUCCACAGCUCCCUGCUGCCCUACCGCUACACGGAUGGUGGCGUGAGGCCUGUCAUCUGGUGGGCACCUGAUGUGCAGCACCUGGGUGACCCCGAUGAGGAUCAGAACUCUCUGGCCUUGGGCUGGCUGCAGUACCAGGCCCUGCUGGCACACGGCUGCCACCAGCCCAGCCAAGCCCCGUGCCUGGGCAUCCACCACACCGAGUGGGCACGCUUGGCGCUCUUUGACUUCCUGCUGCAGGUCCACGAUCGCCUGGAUCGCUACUGCUGUGGCUUCGAGCCUGAGCCCUCAGACCCCUGUGUGGAAGAGAGGCUUCGAGAGAAAUGCCGGAACCCGGCCGAACUGCGGCUGGUCCACAUCCUGGUCCGGAGCAGCGACCCGUCUCAUCUGGUCUUCAUCGAUAAUGCCGGCAACCUUCAGCACCCCGAGGACAGGCUGAACUUUCGGCUGCUGGAGGGCAUCGAUGGGUUUCCCGAGUCUGCCGUGAAGGUUCUUGCUUCAGGGUGUCUACGGAAUAUGCUACUCAAGUCGCUGCAGAUGGACCCGGUGUUCUGGGAAAGCCAAGGCGGGGAGCAGGGGCUGAAGCGGGUCCUCCAGACCCUGGAGCGGCGAGGACAGGUGCUGCUGGGACACAUCCGGAAGCACAACCUCACACUCUUCAGGGACGAGGACCCAUGA